AUGUGUGGAUGCUCCGACAUCGAAGAAGCAUCCUAUAUUCCUCUAGAUGGCUAUAACCGCAGCAAGGUUGCCAAUGUGCUCGUUGGCAUCGCCGCGAAUAAUCGGUUAUUUGACAAGUAUGGGAUUUUGGCUCUGGCCGUACACCCUGGGGUCAUUGAAACAGAGCUGGGCAGGAAUAUGUCAGCGGAAGACCAAAAGACGUUCGCGGAGCUGAGGAAAGGCGUUUUCAAGCCGAGAUCACUUGGCGCAGGGGCAUCCACGAGUUUGGUUGCUGCGCUGGACCCCAAAUUAGCGCAGUGUCUCAGAAAAAGAAAAGCCGACAGUGAAAAUUGGGGAUCUUAUCUGGACAAUUGUCAAAUCAGUGAUAGAGCUCAUCCCCUUGCUGUGUCCACUACAGAGGCGGAGAAGCUCUGGGAGGUUUCGGAAAAGCCGGUCAUGUACUGCAUGUAUCCAUGGAAAUUUGACAAGACGUUCCUGAAAUUUGCUCCAACUAUCGAUCCCUCUCUGUUGAGUGAAUAUUCGCAUCUUCGAAGCAAUAACCUCACUUUCCAUGCCCCCCGACGACCAAAUACCACCAAGUGCCAAGAGCCAAAGACUGAGGUCAGUCUCAAUCUGGCACGGGUCAUUGAGGAAAGCAUGGAAUCGCAGAGAUAGGGCCUCGAACUCUAUAAUCCGGUUCCGGCCCAGUUGGAAAAACGAAGUCAGGACAAACAUGAGCAAACCAAGUUGGCACGCUUCUUGUGAGUCGAUUCGGCCUGUUGAGUCUUUUAUUGGAGUGAAUCGUAGAAGACUAUAGCAAACGGAGACGAAGAUCUCUUCAAAACCAAGGAGAUCCAAGAUAGGCUGACGUGGACUGCUAUUCAGUA